CAACGCAUUGGUUCCGUCUCCCUGCGGUGGUGGGUAGCGGUCAGAAAGUCUAGACGAAGGAGAAAAUGAUCUGACCAUGACAAAGGUUCAACAACUAAAUCAUUUAAAACCAGAUCAUUAGACCACUGGCCAGAGAUAAAAAUCAGGUCUAGGGUACCUCCCCCGACGUGGGUAGGGCCGUCAAUUAACUGAAUCAGGUCCAUGGCCGUCAUGGAAGCCAUGAACUCCUGAGCUGCCGAGGAUGCUACGCCGGCUGAUGGCAAAUUGAAAUCCCCCAUGACCAACAGUCUGGGGGUUUCAACUGCCAACCCGGCCAGCAACUCCAACAGCUCAGGCAGGGCUGUAGUCACGCAGCAAGGAGCCAGGUACGUGAUCAACAAGCCCACCUGAGUUCUACAACCCCACUUCACGAAGAGGGAUUCACACCCAGCUAUCUGAGGCACAGUGGUUUCCCUCGGCUCAAGACUCUCCUUAAUGAUAACCGCCACCCCUCCACCCCUACCCUGGGCCCUCGGCUGAUGGAAUGCUCGGAAGCCUGGUGGGCACAUCUCCACUAGGGGGACCCCCCCUUCGGUGCCCAGCCAGGUCUCCGUAAUGCCCAUAACGUCCGCGGUCCCUUCCUGAAUAAGAUCUGAAAUCAGGGGGGCUUUAUUAACCGCGGACCUAAAUCACAAGAAGGGCCUCUGGUGGCUCAGACUGGUAAGACAGUCUGUUAUUAACAGCAGCUGCUUGCAAUUACUGCAGGUUCAAGUCCCACCAGGCCCAAGGUUGACUCAGCCUUCCAUCCUUUAUAAGGUAGGUAAAAUGAGGACCCAGAUUGUUGGGGGCAAUAAGUUGACUUUGUAUAUAAUAUACAAAAGGAUGAAGACUAUUGCUUGACAUAGUGUAAGCCGCCCUGAGUCUUCGGAGAAGGGCGGGAUAUAAAUGCAAAAAAAAAAACAAGUUGGUCUGUAAUAUCAAAAAGUAUUUGAUUUGAAUAAUGAAGGCCCAAUAAUGUAGAUCAGUGCCUUUAACAAAGAUCUCAAACUCUAUUUACUGUACUUACAGUUCCAAUAAAUACAGAUAAUUGUCUUACAACCAUUAGUUUAGUGACCAUUUGAAAUUGGUACUGAAAAAAGUAACCUAUGACCACUUUUCACACACAACCAUUGCAAUCCCUCCCUAGUCAAAUGAUCAAAAUCCAGAUACUUGGCAACUGGUUCAUAUUUAUGACAGCUGCAGUGUCCAGGGUCAUGUGAUUGCUUUUUGCAACUGUCUGACAAGCAAAGUCAAUGGAGAAGACAGAUUCACCUAACAACUGUGUUACUAACUUAACAACUGCAGUGAUUCACUUAACAACUGUGGCAAGAAAGGUUGUAAAAUGGGGCAAAACUCACUUAACAAAUGCCUCACUUAGCAAUGCAAAUUUUGAGCUCAACUGUAAUCUAAGUUGAGAACUACAUGUAAAUAGACAGAUGACAGAAAAAAGACAUAAUUAUAGAUAAAAAAGAUCUUUAUAUUAUCAAAUCAGAGCCUAUACGAAAUGACUAUACGAAAUGCCAUUCAAAUUUCUAUUUACAUAUAAAUUACUUUAAUAUGUUUCAUUUUAAUAUCUGUCACCAAUAAGGUAAAGGUAAAGGUUCCCCUCGCACAUACGUGCUAGUCGUUGCUGACUCUAGGGGGUGGUGCUCAUCUCCAUUUCAAAGCCGAAGAGCCAGCGCUGUCCGAAGACGUCUCUGUGGUCAUGUGGCCGGCAUGACUCAACGCCAAAGGCACACAGAACGCUGUUACCUUCCCAUCAAGGUGGUCCCUAUUUUUUCUACUUGCAUUUUUACGUGCUUUCGAAACUACUAGGUUGGCAGAAGCUGGGACAAGUAACAGGAGCUCACCCGUUACACGGCAGUACUAGGGAUUCGAAAUGCUGAGCUGCCGACCUUUCGAUCGACAAGCUAGCCAGAGCCACCGUGUCAACCUUGUCACCAAUAUACAUACUUUCAAUGUGAUACCCAAUUUCAGUUCAGUGCUGCACAAUAUUUUUUGUUUGGCACCUUAUUUUCUCAAGUUGCAACAUGUUAUCCUUUCUCUUUACCAUUGGAAAGUUUACUUUUUCAAAAACUUCCUAUGAAAGAUCAUUCACUAGGAAGUUUCAAAUAGUGCAACUUUAAUGUAAUGAAGAGGAGGAUGCCCAGUUAUUUCUCCAGUUCUUUCCUAUGCAGACUUCAAAAUCGGAUUAUUUUUAUCUCUGGCCUGAAAUAAUGUUUCAAUUAUAAAGUUUCUAUUAAGAGGCAUCUCGUCACUACUGGUAUUUAUUUAUUUAUGACAGGACAAAGGCUCCUGUCCUUUGCCCUUUACUUAAGAAUAAUUAUUUUCUGUGGGAUUUGUUUCUGAAUAAACAGAUUAAGAUCUGGCUUUAAAGAAUGACAAAAUCAUAUCCAUGGAUUCUAUUCAGCAAUCUUUUCAGCUAAAAUCAAUGUUUGUCAACCUCAGCAAUUUUAACAGGUGUGGACUUCAACUCCCCAGAAUUCCUCAAUCAGCUAUCCUGGGAACUGAAGUAUGUAAAACUUAAAAGUUGCUGACAUUGAGAAACACCAAGUUAAAAGAAAUCAAAAUUGUAAUCAAAAUUCAGUACAAUCCUGGAAGUUAAUUGUAGUUACAGUCCUUUUUAUUAAACAAUAAGGCAGUUAAAAUUACUGUAAGGCCCAUUUAUCUUAUCUCUAAAGAUUGCAUUCUUGUUAAAAGACUUCAACUCUUCUUCCUUGCUUUUUUCUAUACAGUAUCCUAUGCACAUGAAAACGGUCUGAAGCGUCCACGUGAUGGUAGAAAGGAGAACUGUUAUCGUCAUGCCACGUUGUGCAACCAGCAAAUUACCAAACUGGACCGACGAUUCCUCAAACAAAGCAAUCAUAGCCUGCCUGCUUUGUGCUUUCCCUCUACAGCAGGACAUUCCUGUUUGUGUGCGCACGCUUGCCGUUGGCAGUUUUCAGAAUCUCAGUUACUAGCAAGGAGGCGGGAGAAACCACAGGCUAUAUCCGCCGCCUUUAGCACACCGUGCCCCGGCACAUAACUGCGAGGCAGUAGCGGCACUCGGCUCCAGUCCUGCAACAAGAGGACAAACCUAAAUCCGCGGCCUUCUUUCGCCAUGAACCGGACUGCCCAGCUGGCGGAUGCAAAACAGCGGGGGUAAAUUACGCACCCAGAAGCAGACCGUCCAUGUCAAAGAUCAGGAGCAGUAGUGAACUGGACAAGGAAUGAAGUUGAUUAAAGUUUUAUUUAAUUGAAAGUGUGGUUGGUUCCACGCUUUCCAGCGGAAGGGAGAUGAGAUCUUUGCUGUUGUUGUCCAACUCUUUGGGAGCAUUUCUAGAAUGUUUGUCUACUUGGUUGAAUGAAACUGACAAAAUGUGACAACUAUCACAAUCAGUUGAGGAUAAAAAUAAACAGAACAAACUGGGCUACCUCUGUUAUAUGCUUCUGAGUGAUCAAGUGAUGACAGGAAAGUAAUAGGUGCCACAAAAGCAAUUCCACCAUAACACAGAAGAAUGAUCAUCCUUUUCCAGUUGAUGCUUUAUCUGUGGCCAACCAACAGUGCUAUAGAUGAAACACUUUCAAAGCCCAACAUCAUCUUGUUCAUGGUUGAUGACCUUGGCAUUGGAGACUUGGGAUGCUAUGGAAAUACAACUCUAAGAACUCCCAAUAUUGACAAUUUAGCUAAAGGAGGCAUAAAACUAACUCAUCAUGUAGCAGCUUCCCCAUUAUGUACACCAAGUAGGGCAGCUUUCUUGACAGGCCGAUAUCCUAUCAGAUCAGGAAUGGCUAGUCUGAAUCGGCUUGGAGUCUUCUUAUUUUCAGCCUCUUCAGGGGGUCUGCCUGCUGAAGAAAUAACAUUUGCAAAGCUUCUUCAACAGGAAGGCUAUUCUACAGGUCUCAUAGGCAAAUGGCAUCUUGGUCUAAAUUGUAACAGCAGUCAUGAUUUCUGCCACCAUCCCUUAAACCAUGGAUUUGAUCAUUUCUAUGGAAUUCCUCUGAAUAAUAUUAGAGAUUGCAGACCUGGGAAUGGAAGUGUUUUCAUCAAGGGAAUUAAAAUGCAUAUUCCCUCAGCCCUUCAGAUCACUGGAAUUGCUGUAAUAACUUUGGAAGUUAUGCAUUAUUUUGGCUUUUUCAGAAUUCCACAUAGAAUGGUAGGCUACUUCUUUUUGUUGGUUGUUACAUUGGUGGCAAUCAUAUUCCUCUUCUUUAACAACUUUCGGCAUCUAAAUUGCUUCCUGAUGAGAAAUUACACUAUUACUCAGCAACCAUGGAUUUAUGAAAACCUAACCCAGAGAUUUACAGAAGAUGCCAAACAUUUUAUAAGAAGGAAUAUUGAUAAACCAUUUCUCCUAUUCCUAUCAUACCCUCAAGUCCAUACAGCUCUUUAUGCAUCACUAGCUUUUAGAGGAAAGAGUAAACAUGGCUUAUAUGGGGAUGCUGUGGAAGAAAUGGACUGGAGUGUAGGACAGAUUCUCCAAGUAUUAGAUCAAUGGAACUUAAGUGAGCAUACUCUUGUAUAUUUCACUUCAGAUCAAGGAGCACAUCUUGAAGAAAUAUCAGACAAAGGAGAAGUCCAUGGUGGUUAUAAUGGGAUAUUUAAGGGUGGAAAGGCUACAAACUGGGAAGGAGGGAUUCGAGUGCCUGGCCUCCUCUACUGGCCUAAUGUUCUUGAGCCUGGAAAACAUAUUUAUGACCCAACAAGUAAUAUGGAUAUAUUCCCUACCAUAAUUAAACUUGCUGGAGCAUCACUGCCCAAUGACCGAAUUAUUGAUGGACAUGAUCUAAUGCCCUUGCUUCAAGGCAGUGCUCUCCAAUCUGAGCAUGAAUUUCUCUUUCAUUAUUGUAAUGCAUAUUUAAAUGCAGUUCGGUGGCAUCCAAGAAACAGUAACUCUAUUUGGAAGAUAUUUUAUUUCACUCCAAAUUUCAGUCCCGAAGAAUCUAAUGGCUGCCACGAUUAUCAUGUGUGCUUCUGCCAUGGGCAGUUUGUCACAUAUCAUCAUCCACCACUACUUUUUGAUCUCUCCAAGGACCCAGAAGAAAACAAUCCACUGACACCAGAAACUGAGAGCCACUUCCAUGAAAUUCUUCAAGCUAUUCACCAUGCAGUGGAAAAUCACACCAAGUCAAUUCUUGCUGUUCCCAACCAAUUUUCACUAGGACAUAUCCUAUGGAAGCCCUGGCUUCAGCCUUGCUGUUCUUCCUUUCUCCAAUGGUGUUACUGCAAUCAUGAGUCAUGAGGAAACAACACUUUAUGUCGAGCCUGAUAUUAUCACUGAGAAUUGGUGAAGAACUCACGUUCUUUAGGAAUAAACAAGAACACAUUGUAAUCGUAUUUCCUUAAUACUUGCAUUAAUUGUGCUUAAUAAUAAUGUAAGAGUUACUAGAACUGGUUAAAGUGGGCUCACUUAUUCUUGAAGCCCCAGCAAAGUGGGUGAUGGUGAGACCAUAGUUUUGCUAGCAUUCAAAGAGUAAUUUUUCUGAGUAAAAUGGACAUCUCUGGAACAAGAAGGCCAGACUUCUAAUACAACUAGGCUGUCUUUACCCACAAUGCAUAUGGAAUACGUUAUAUUUCUAAUGUAAUAUUUUCUCCAGUGUAGCAUGGUGGGAUAAUAUGCUGGCUCAUUAUUUUGGUUCAUCACACAAUCAACUAUCAAACAUCAACAUCUGUCUAUUCCAGGUCCUUUGGAAGAACUCGAUAGAUGGAUAAAAAUGCCAAAUCCAGUCUGAACAUCUGGCUGACUGUGUAAUGAACUAAAAUUGAUUGCCAAAUUGUUAAAUUUAGUAGUAAUUAAACUAUCAUCAAAUUUAGGGUUAGUUAGGGCCUCACAUAUUACCCUACCCAGUGGCACAAAUCUAGGGUUCACUAAAUACAGCAUGGUAUAUCAUUUGAAUCGGGUUCAUAGAUGCAAUUUUAUUUAUGCAUAUGCAUAUCUUCCUGCCUUUUUAGAGCAAUAUAGUUUCUGGAUGCAUACUACAGAGUUAAAUGACCAAUUCUUUACACAGUAAUUCAAGAUUGGGGAAAGUGUAGUCCUGGAAAUGCAUGUGAAUUCAGCCAGCAGAAGCAAUGAAUUGGAAUAGAGAUUAUAGCUACUGUAAGUGACAUUUGAAAAGCCAGUGGCUCUUUAUAUCAAUAGAUAAUAAAGCCAUGCUAUAAAAUUUUGAUAUUUUAGCCUACUCUAAAUAGAAAUAUUAGCAGGAAUGGACCCUAUGCAGGUAGGAUCAUCUAGGAAUCUUCACACUGAUGUGAGUGUGAAAGUCUAAAGAUAUGUCAACCUUAAUAGAAUGAAGUUGCAAGAAGACGUUCAGUUCCUACAUAGGUAAAAGAGCUGCCCAGAAUGCUUUGCUUCAAAGCUCAUUUGGAUAUUCUGCUUCACAGAUUGCAUUAUCCAAAUGGACAGGUUUACUACAGUGUUCUACAUUAGCAUUGCUAUUUAAAGAAAAGAUCCAUUUUUCUUACAUAUUCACUCCCUUUGCUGAUCUCAUCAGACUGAGAUGAUUUAAUAAAUACAUCUUUAAUUGUGAGUCAACCAUAAUAGAUAAUAUUAUCAUCAAGUAUUAGGCAUAAUAGAAAAAUGUACUACUAUAGCACAAUCCCAUCAAAUCACACUACAUUACAGAGAAACAGAAAGUUCAGUCUGCAGAUUCCUUCUGUGUCCUCUAGAUGCCAAAGCUAACUUUAAUUGUUUUUCAUUUUGUUGGAUAUUUGUUGUGCAGUUCAAGUGAUAAAUGACUGAUUGAUAGUUCUAAGUCAUCCGUACUCUUUAAACCACCUAAAGUGUACUCAGAAAACAAAAACAAUUCCCACCCCACAGUCUUGGAAGUUGGCUCUUCAAAUGCUACAAAAAGCUUUGCAUGGUCCUUAAACUGAUGGAAAUUGUUCCUACUAUAUUAUUUUCAGUAAAAUCUUCCUUUUGCAGAAAUGUUUUAAAUAUUUACAUGAGCUGGGGUAAGAUAAUUUUCUGUCCAAAAUUAAAGACAGAAUGCUCCAUACUCAUAUAUUAAAUGUAAAGAAAUUGUCCUCAUCCAAGGACUUCUGUUUUCAUGAGAGGAAAAGUAUUAACAUAGGAUGACAGUUAAUAUAUUUCAUUAGAUCAAUGACUCAUACUAUUACUGUUAAUUAAUUUAACAAUGUUACAUUAUUGAAUCACUUUAUGCUGUAACAUGAGACAUGCUAAAGUAUUAAGUAUUCUACAUUAUCCCUAAAAGUCUAAUUGUUUUCAGUCUUCUUAACUGUUAAAUGUAAAUCAUUUAAAAAUGUGAGUGAUAUUUAUAGUUUUGUGGUAUUCUUAGAAUACUUCCAUGCAAUCUUAGUAAGGAUUAUUCUGAAUUUUAAAGGGAUUUAUGUAAUCUACAAAACCAUAACUAUGUCUGUAAACUGCAUCUGUAUCAUUGAAAAAGUAUAUUAUAAAAAAGAUUGUAAAAUAGAAAAGAUUAAAUAAGACUAUGUAUAUCAACAAUUAUUAUUCAAAUUAAAGAAAGACAAUAUCUUAUACAUUGACAUUGUUGAAUUAGCUGUGGAAACAGGAAAGCUCUGAUUGUGUGAAUGUUCCAGGGAAGAGUAUCUGCUGUACUUACCAGCCCUCUGGAACAUCCUGCCCCCAGGAUGAGGCUUGACCUACCCUUCUAUCCUUCCUCAAGGGCCUGAAGAUUGGCUCUGCUGCUUGGCCUGGGGACCUAAUAGGGGUGCACCUCCAGUGUGGUGCAUUUUAUCAUUAGCUGACCCCACACAUCUCUAUGCUUUCUGCUCCCCCUCCGCCCAUUUAAAUUCAUAUUAUUGUACUUUUAUUGUUUAUUUUUAUUGUUUAAUUGUUUUGCUGCUGUUAUGUUUACAUUUUGUUUUAUUGUUUUUUUUUAAUUGUUUUACCAUUGUAAGCCACCAAGAGUAACUCCAUGGCAAAUAAAUUUAACUAAACUAAACUAAACUAGUAAGUAAAUAAGUAAAUAAGUAAAUAAAUAAAUACAGAUUCUGAUUGUAAAGAAUUAUGGAGUUAAACUUGUCAAAGAAAUGAAAAAGUGGUUAAGUAAACAUUAAUUCUGGAAAAGAACAGAAGGUGCAAAAAAAUCAAAUAGCUUCACCUUGAUUCUCUUUAGAAGAAGAGGAUUUUCAACAUUCUGUUACUAUAACUCUACGGCAGUAGAGUUCUAACAGUACUUUUGGGGUUUGUUUCUGACUUGGCCUACUUGAAGAACUAAAACCAACUGUUGAGUUGGUUUGAACCAAUAUACAGACAAUUUGAAAGGGUUAAGGAAAAAAUGGUAAAGACCUUACAAAUCACUUAAACAAGUAUCUGUGAAAAAGAGGCUGGUCAGGAAGAUAAGAAAAUUAAGAAAAAUAUGUUAUUGUACAUACUAUAUCAGUUUUGACAUCCAAAUAGUAUUUGCAGAGCAUCCUAAAUCAAACAAUGCAAAUUUUUAAAGGUGAAGAAAAUAUUUUGAGAAUCAUAAAAUCUUAUAAGAUUCUAAAGAUCAUAAGCUAUUGUAAGAGCUGAGAAUCUUAUACCCCAAAAUAUUUUUCCUCCUCGUCCUCUUCAAACUACCUGGAACAGAUCAAACCUGAGACCAUCUGCAAAUGGUGGUUACUAGAGAAUGACAUUUGAGUGGAAAAACUAAAGUACCGUAUAACCCGAAUAAGAUUACCCAGAGAAGAAAUCUAUAUGUAGCCAAUAAUCAAAGAACUAUAAAUAAUAUAAUAAUUUUGCAUUUUGUGCUAGACAUUAAACACCAUUUUCUUUUCAAAAGUCCAAUAAUUUUCCUUUUCCUUUUCUCUUUUUUAGUGUACUUCUAUUCAGUAUGCUUCUCUUUUUGUUAUCCUUUUCAGUCAUUACUCUAUGCUUAAUACAGUGUGCUAUAAGAUAUGACAUUUGAUAUGACAAAGUUUUGAUAUUACAAAGCAGUUGCAUGAAAAUAAUUGUAGAUUUAUAAUGCCAUUGCAAAGCAGGGUGGUCAUUCAGCUUCAUUUCCUUGCUUUAUUUAAUCAUGGGAUCCACUGUAUGCUGGGUGUUUGUUUACUCUUCUUGCUAGAACUCUAAGUGCUUUCUUGUUGUUAGUAGUGAAUAGAUGCAGUAGAUAUUUAAAACUCCUUUGUUAUCUUCUAUGCCUUGAU